UUUCACAAAAAAUUCAGCUAAAAGAUUCCACUCGUUUACAACUUGUAGGAAUACUUGUAGCAGUAAUUCAUUUGCGUCAGUUACUUGGCCUUUGUCGACCGUUUUCUGUCGGCGUAUUCAAUUUCUAGAGUCUUGGCCAUGGCGGAACAUACCUCAGAAACGUCGUCGUCGAAGACCUACAACCAUAGAAAUCGUCUUGCGGCUGAACAUAGUCCCUACCUUCUUCAACAUGCACAUAAUCCUGUUGAUUGGUAUCCGUGGGGUGAAGACGCAUUUUCUGAAGCUCUUAGAAGAGAUGUGCCCAUUUUCCUGUCAAGUAUAUUCCAAUUUUUCCAACUAACGUUAAAACCCCCUUUGACCCUUUCAUCUUCAAUUUUAUUUUUAUUUAUUAUUAUUAUUUUUAAUCCUUGGAAUUCAAUUGACUCGAUUUCCUUUUCGUAUGCUUUUGCUAAUUGGAUUUAUGCGAUAAUGCGGUUUCAUUUAUUUGAAGUUGGGUAUAGCACAUGCCAUUGGUGUCAUGUAAUGGAGGUCGAAUCUUUUGAGAAUGAAGAAGUUGCCAAAUUGCUCAAUGAUUGGUUUGUUAGUAUCAAGGUCGAUCGAGAAGAAAGACCAGACGUUGAUAAGGUGUACAUGACAUAUGUGCAAGCUUUAUAUGGUGGUGGUGGUUGGCCACUCAGUGUCUUCCUUUCACCUGAUCUAAAGCCAUUGAUGGGUGGGACGUACUUUCCUCCAGAGGAUAAAUAUGGAAGGCCUGGAUUUAAAUCCAUACUCAGGAAGGUGAAGGAAGCUUGGGACCUUAAGAGAGAUUUACUUGUACAAAGUGGGUCUUUUGCAAUAGAGCAAUUAUCAGAAGCAUUAUCUACUGCUGCGAGACUAGAUAGGCUACCAGAUGGGGUUCCACAAAGGGCAUUGAAGCUAUGUGCUGAAAAGCUUGCUGACAGUUUCGAUUCUAAGUAUGGUGGGUUUGGUUCUGCACCAAAAUUCCCUCGACCAGUUGAGGUCCAGUUGAUGCUUUAUCAUUCAAAGAAGUUAAAGGAGGCAGAGAAAUUGAAUGGAGCUAAUGAAGAUUUAAGCAUGGUGACCAUUACAUUACAAUGCAUGGCCAGGGGUGGUAUUCACGAUCACGUUGGUGGUGGUUUCCACAGAUACAGUGUGGAUGAAUGUUGGCAUGUACCACAUUUUGAGAAGAUGUUGUAUGACCAAGGGCAACUUGCUAAUGUCUAUCUUGAUGUCUUUUCCAUCACAAAAGAUGUGUUCUAUUCUACCAUGUCCCGGGAUAUUCUCGAUUAUCUAAGGAGAGAUAUGAUUGGUCCUAAUGGUGAAAUCUUUUCGGCGGAAGAUGCUGAUAGUGCAGAAUCUGAAGGUGCUACAAAGAAAAAGGAGGGUGCUUUUUAUGUUUGGACCAGUCGUGAGGUUGAAGACAUACUUGGAGAACAUGCAAAUCUAUUUAAAGAGCACUACUACAUUAAACCAACUGGUAACUGUGAUCUUUCAAGUAUGAGUGAUACUCACAAUGAAUUCAAGGGUAAAAAUGUGCUUAUAGAGAGAAAUAGUAAUUCUGCAAUGGCAUCAAAAUUUGGUAUGCCUGUUGAGAAGUAUCUAGAGAUUUUGGGGAUGUGUCGAAAAAAGCUAUUUGACAUGAGAUCAAAACGCCCGAGGCCACAUUUGGAUGAUAAGGUCAUCGUGUCGUGGAAUGGACUUGCAAUUUCUUCAUUUGCAAGAGCUUCUAAAAUUCUGAAGGGUGAACCGGAAGGAACAAAAUUCUAUUUUCCUGUUACUGGAACUACUUCCGAGGAGUACAUGGAAGUUGCUGAAAAGGCGGCAUCUUUUAUUAGAAAAAAUCUUUAUAAUCAGCAAACUUGCCGGCUGCAACACAGUUUCAGGAAUGGCCCUUCUAAAGCACCUGGUUUUUUGGACGACUACGCCUUUCUGAUAUCCGGACUACUGGAUCUUUAUGAGUUAGGUGGUUCAGUAUUUUGGCUAGCAUGGGCAAUUGAACUGCAGCACAUGCAAGACGAACUGUUUCUUGAUAAAGAGGGCGGAGGUUACUUCAACACACCGGGGGAAGAUCCUUCUGUUCUCCUUCGAGUGAAAGAAGAUCAUGAUGGUGCAGAGCCCUCCGCAAAAAGUGUUUCUGUCAUCAACCUUAUAAGGUUAGCUUCCCUGGUCAGCACCAGUAAGUCCGAUAGCUACAGGCACAAUGCAGAACGCCUUCUGGCUGUUUUUGAGAAGAGGUUGAAAGAUACAGCAAUGGCUGUUCCAUUGAUGUGUUGUGCUGCAGAUAUGCACUCUGUGUCUUCCCACAGACAAGUAGUCCUGGUUGGAUGUAAGCCUUCUGCAGAAUUUGACAGCAUGUUAGCUGCCGCGCAUGCAUCAUACGAUCCUAAUCGAAUAGUGAUCCACAUAGAUCCCAGCGAUGAUGAAGAAAGGGGGUUUUGGGAGGAGACUAACGGAAAUAUUGCUGCAAUGGCUAGAAGCAACUUUGCUGCUGAUAAGGUUGUAGCUCUUGUGUGCCAAAACUUCACCUGCAGUCCUCCUGUCGGCAAUCCAAAGACACUCGAGUCUCUGCUCUCGAAAUGAAGAAAAAACCACGACGUUGAAAGACAAGUUGCUGGUGUAAAUGAGUACGUUAGUCUAUUACUUGUUUCAGUAGUUUUGUGGUGUCGGUUAGCAUUUAAGAGCGUAUGCAUCCAUUUAUAUUUUACGUAGAUAAAUAAUUAAAUAUUAGCUCUUGUUCAUGGUCUACAGAUGGAUAUUUCACUUGUUCACAUAAUAAUAUUAUAUACAAGCAAAAGCAAAGUUGGAAGUUUA